GUCAGUUGGCAUUGGUGCGAGGAGGGGCCUACUUAACGCGCGCGCGCGCCGGCACUGUACCGGGGCCGCGCACUGACCCUCGCCUUGCGCUGGCACCGACAAUGGUGGGAGACAAGAUACCCCUGGUCACAGCCCUGCGGACCGUUCCCAUCAACUCGAUUCAGCUGCACAGCCUUCGCUUCCGACCGCGCCUGCUCGAACCGACCGCGAUGAAGGUGGUCAAACUGCUCAAGUUCGAGCGCAAGCUCAACUCGACACGCAUCGACGCCGCCAUAGGCGAAGCCCUGAUCAAGGCGGCCGAGAAAGGAAACCUACGGGAGUUCGAACGCCUCUUCACGGCCGACGAGAAGCGACUCCAGUUCCGCGACAGCCGAGGUCGGGCAGCCGUGCACCACGCCGCGGCCCACAACCGGGUCAACAUCCUCGACUUCAUCCUGAAGCACGAUGGCGACUUGACGAUGCUGGACUACGAGGACAACACGCCCCUGCACGCCGCGUGCGAGCAUGAGGCAUGCGACGCCAUCACCUUCCUCAUCGAGAACGGAGCCGACACGAGCGUGCUCAACAAGAACGUCCAGAGCCCGCUGCACCUGAGCACGCAGCUGAACAAGGUCAAGUCGCUGCAGGAACUUGUCAAGCACAGAGACAAGCUCGACACAAACCUGAGGAGCAAGCACGGACGCACUGCCCUUCAUCUGGCUGCCAUCUACGACCAUGCCGAAUGCGCCAGAAUACUGUUGAGUCAGUUUGGAGCUUCGCCCAAGCUAACGUGCGAUAACGGCUACUACCCUAUCCAUGAAGCGGCGAAGAAUGCAUCGGCUAACGCCAUCGAAGCACUGCUGGAGUGGGGAGAGUCCAGCGGCUAUUCCCGAGCUGAGAUGAUGAAGCUCUACGACGCCGAUGGCAACGUGCCUCUCCACUCUGCCGUCCACGCCGGAGACAUAAAAGCGGUUCAGCUGUGCCUCGAGAGCGGCGCGCUGAUCAGCACCCAACAGCACGACCUGUCGACGCCCGUGCACCUGGCGUGCGCCCAGGGCGCCAUGGACAUCGUGCGGCUCAUGUUCUCCCGGCAGCCGGACCAGCGGGUGCACUGCCUCACCUGCAGCGACGCCCAACAGAUGACGCCUCUGCACUGCGCCGCCAUGUUCGACCACGUCGAGCUCGUCGAGUACCUCGUCUCCGAGGGUGCCAGCAUGAACGCCACGGACAAGGAGGGCCGCACGGUGAUCCUGCUGGCGGCUGCCCGCGGUGCCUGGAAGACGGUGACAGCCCUGCUGAGGCUGGACGCCGACCUGAGCGUCAAGGACAACCUGCGCCGCAACCUGCUGCAUCACAUCGUGCUCAGCGGGGGGCUCCUGGACGACUUCCACGGGGAGAUCAACGAGCGACUGAAAGACUUCGCUGAGCUGCUCAACGAGCGCGAUAUCCAGGGCUGCACAGCGAUGCAUUACGCUUCGAGAAAUGGCCAGCUCAAAACAAUCGAAAGCCUGCUCCACUUUGGCGCCAUCGUAAACCUCAAGAACAACGACAAUCAGUCGCCCCUACACUUCGCCGCAAGGUACGGUCGUUACAACACGGUUCGCCACCUGCUCGAAAGCAAGAAGGGUCACCUGAUCAUCAACGAGAUGGACGGUGAAGGCAAGACGCCGCUACACAUAGCUUCGCAGAAUGGACACACUAGGGUGGUCCACCUACUCCUGGUGAAAGGCGCACUGCUUCACAGGGACCACAAGGGAAGGACUCCUCUCCACUACGCUGUCACCAACGGCUUCACUCACACCAUGGAACAGCUACUGGCAGUGCAUUCACACCUGCUCGAUCAGACCGACCGCGAUGGGAACACAGCCUUGCACCUGGCCGCCAUGCACAACAAGGCGAACACGGCGUCCCUUCUGCUGAGCCUCAACUGCAAGAUUUCGCACAACGAGCAGGACUUCACGCCCAUAGACUACGCGCUGCACUACAAGCACAGCGAGGUGACCAUGGUCAUGGUAACGCAUCCGUCCAGGAGUGAAGAAGUGAUGAGCUGUCGAACAAAGCGGUACACGUGCCUCGUCGAAGGACUUACGGCAGUCAUGCCAGAAGUCAUGAUGGCUGUUUUGGACCGGGGGAUAACAAAGUCCAAGUACAGCCACGAUUCCACUUCCUAUUAUGUAAAGCAUAGCUUUCAAGCCCUUCAGAAUACGGAAGGCGUUGGGGACAUUGUACCUGAAACUGAUCAACCACUACCUGUGAUGAAUAUUAUGGUGAGAUAUGGGCGCGAAGAACUUCUGUCUCAUCCCCUCUGUGUCAAGUAUUUAGAGACAAAGUGGAACUCGUACGGAAUGUAUUUUCAUAUAUUAAACCUCGCCGUAUAUACCGUGUUCUUGGCUUUCUUGACGACGAACGCCGUGCAGCUCAUGGCUGAGACAACAGACAGGGAGAAUUUCACGCAAGUCACGUCAAAGGAGCUCGCCACCGCAUUCGCCCAUCCUUCCACUGCCACCAUGGUCGCCUUGACGUCUGUGAUUGUCCUGGCAUUUGUUGGGCUGAACAUUGUUAAGGAGUUUUACCAGAUGUAUCAACAGCGAGCCAAGUACUUCUUGGACAUCAUGAACGUCUUGGAAUGGACACUCUACAUUUCCGGCGGUCUGAUGGCUGCCGGCCACCUAUCGACGAUGGUGGUUGAUCGAAGCAAUCAGUACAUCAUGGCGGCAUUGGCCGUGUUCUUAGCGUGGUUCAACUAUCUGCUCUACCUGCAAAGGUUCAACCGGAUCGGCCUUUACGUCGUCAUGUUCCUAGAAAUAUUGUCCACUUUACUAAAGGUCAUGUUCGUCUUCUCCGUUCUAAUAAUUGCCUUCGGCUUGAGCUUCCAUAUUCUCCUCGCCAAAAUUGACAUCAAUGUGAAAACGCCGGUCGUUGACCCCUACACAGGAAACAUCACAAUGCGAGCAAUGAACAUGAGCGACAAGGGUUUCCACAACCCGCUGAUAUCCCUGGUUCGCGUCGGAACCAUGAUGCUCGGGGAGCUGGACUUCCUGGGCACGUACCUGCGUCCGAUGCGCGCCCUGGAGUCGUCGGCCUGGUACCAGAUCGUGGCCGCCACCUGGUUCCUCGUAGUCUUCAUCGUGCUCAUGCCUAUCUUACUCAUGAACCUGCUCAUUGGCUUGGCCGUCGGCGACAUUGAAACCGUCCGCCGCAACGCACAACUGAAAAGGCUCACAAUGCAGGUGGAGCUGCACACCGACCUCGAGCGAAAGCUGCCUCGACGCAUCCUGACCAUGGUAGACAAGACCGAAGUCUACGUGUAUCCCAACCAAAAGGGCUCUUCGUCUUACGUCUGGCAGACGAUACAGCGCUGGUUUGCUAGCCCUAGAGAGAACAGCAAACGAAGCAAAGCCUUUGCCGCUGGCGGCGGAGUUCCGGACAACGCGUUUCAGGAGCUGUGUGUCGAGCUUAAAAGGCAAAAACAAAGGAUGAAAGAGAUGUCGAGGGCUAUGGAACAGCAGCUUUCCUUAAUGCGGCUCGUCGUCCACAAGAUGGAGAUUCGAACCGAGAACGACGAAAUGGACGAAGGGAACUGCGAGAACAUCCAGGACCGGCCGCUUAGCGCGACGACGCAGGGCAGCCUAUGAUCUUUCCACGUCGCGUACUAAUUCGCGAUGCCAUCUUUGUGUCUUCAGAAAGUCCUGUGCGUGAUAUCUGCGGAAAUCACUUGUAACACAUAUCUCACCCAUGUUUCGGGACGUUGAUGCAAGACUGUCGAAACACCUUGAGCGCUUUGUCGCUGAUGAGAUUCGGCAUGAUAUUUUUUGGCCUUAACUGUCAGUUUCUACCCAAUCAAAGGACGUACCCAUACACAAAAAAAGGCGGCGAUACCUAUUGAUAAAUGUCACCUGAAAAAUGCCACACAUCUAACAAUCGAACAUCAUAGCCUGUGAUUUAUACGCGUUCUCGGGUGGCUAUAUGAGAUUAGCGGAAAUAUGGCAAAUGUGGCAUACGAAAUUUUUUUUAUAGGAGUGGAUAGGUGUUGUCAUAUCCCGAUAUAUGGCAUUAAUUUCAUUAUUUGUACAAAAUAAAAUAAUCGCCAGUCUGUGGCGAAAGACAACUAAAUGGAUGAGAGCGUGGUAACCAACGUGUAAUACAGUACCUUCCGUAGGAGAUUAAAAUCUCCAACCACCUCAUUUUUCUCCGCAGCUCUCAGCAAGCUGUUCUCCGCCAGCGACAUACGGCACCACUGCUAUUUGCGAUUUGAAACUACGAGAACAUGACAGCAUUGCUCAUUGACAUACAUUUUAGAAUAAAAAUUGAACACCAUCAAAAUACAUUUAGAGCCUAUAUGUGAUCUACAGCAGUUUUAAAGGGUCAACAAAGGAAAAUAUGAAGUCCUGAUUAGGCUUCUUUAAUAACAGAUUCACAAUUCGUAGCGAGGACAGAGCUUUUUUUUGUAAGCGACAAAAUAACAAAGAGGGAAAAUGUGAGCUGCGCCUUUGGAUUGUGGUACUUUUCAUGUGGUACCGGCACGGACUGAUUUGCGGGGAGCGGCAGAGAGGGAGGUCACGUGGCUAUGACGUCAGCUCGUCCCAUUUUGACGUGAGCGAUACAAAUCGAGGAGCAGCUGGCGGACUUCGGUUGGCAAUUUCCUACGUGACAGUCGUAUAUUGGAACAGAGUAAACGAUGAUUAGGUUUUAAGCGAAUAAUCUGCCAACCUCACUUAGAAUGAUUUUUUUUUCUUUUUCUGCCUUUUCAAGUCAAAAUCUUCAAUCGGUCUUCAAUUGCUUUUCCCCAGACUACAAGACGUAAAUUUUCUGGGUAAAGAUUACGCUCGCGUCUAUCGGUAUUGAGCUAAAACUACCGCAUUUCUGUGGAUUAACAGCUCUCUGAAGACAGUGAAAUUUGCCGCCAAAGUACAUGUAUUACAGUUACCGCAUUCUUUCAUGCAGCAGCUUACAGCUGUUCGCACACACAUACAAAAAAUAGCGAACUGCUGUCUUUACUAACCUCAACUAAAUCCUGCUGAGGCCAACCCCCCAUUGCGUUUAAGCAUCUGCAUCUGUAAGGCACCAUACCUUGAAAUCCAUAAUAAAGUCAUUUCCUCGAAGCGCUAUAACGAAGGACGCUUCAUUUUGUAUUAUGCGUUAGCGAUAUCAAACUCUAAACUACUGGCAUGCGACGAACAACGCACCGUCGCAUGUCUCUGUUUGAUUCACGAAAGUCUUGCAUCAUCUGUGCCACACUCAUACAAUAUGUGAAUGUGCGUCAUGUAUGUAACCAUUACUUUGAAAUUGUUGCACACGUGUUUACGAGGUGUGAGGGUAUUUUUCAUCUGUUGGUUCAUGAGCGUCGUACAAACAGAAAUACAUGAACUACGCUACAUGAACAUGCAGUCAUGUUCAUGUGCAUGAACUAGUCGGCCUCUGUCAAUGUCUCUUUGUCGGAUCCGGUGCUUAGAGGGGCUUCUUGAGGCUCCGUUUAAACGGCACGGUAAUCAAAUCGUUUCACUAACUAAAAGAGUAAUUGUAUAAGAAACGCGUAUAAUAUCCUUUAAGAGAUUAAAAAAGAUUCGGACAAUGUGCUUUGGAACCUAUAUUUUGAUGUCAGUAGCUGCAUACACGCCUUAUCAGAGUAUUUAACUACUGGACCACUUUAUCUUGCUUUUUCUACUCUCAAAGCACGCUAAUAACAAGACAACUGUUUACAUAUUUAACUCUUUCAACAUCAUUCUUGAUAUAGGUAAAUAAGUCAUUUCCCUUCUAAAUUUGGGUGAUUCUGCUUAGUGCGAAGAAUAAUUGUGAUACGUGGAAAUCACCGAAAGCCUGAACGAAUGGCAUUUCUUAUAAACACGUAAGCGAGCUCUAACUUCAUGUGGAUUAACUCAUUACGGUUUGUAAACAAUUUCCAUACUAUAAGACAGUUGUAACACUAUCUCCUUCUGAGUACUAGUUUGGGUCACUCGCGUCAAAAAGUAAUUCGUGCAUGGAACAAAGAUGCAGGUAAUUAAACAGACAAUUGUCACUUCAUUAUUUAAACGCUCGCUACUUUCAUUUACAAUAUACACACUAUAAAACGUUUUCGUGGGCGAUUACUUCUUCCAUGGUAUUUUAAGAAUGCAGCUUACAAACAAACUCUGAACUAUGAACAUUUUCAUUGCUCUCAUACCGUGUGACGUAAGCGGUCGGAUCACGAGUUCGUCACGUGGCGCCGAAGCUCCAUUAAUUAGUCUUUAGUGAUCCAACAUCGCUUGUGCUACUUGCAUAUCCUGCGAUUUUAGCACACUGAUUCUCGUGUAAGUGAUGUGAAAAUUUACUCAUCGACCUAACUAUAAUCAAAUGUGCGUGGGUGUGCAGUAAGUAAUGUGCGCGUGUUUAUGUUUGCCGAUAGCUUCGAAUGUAUGAAUAAGCUCGCAUCUGUUUAAUUUUCGAGAUAAUUUGCCGAUUGCUUGCUUCAAGAAAUACCUAAAUUCUAGUGCCGCGAAAACUAGUCACAGAAUGCUAUUUUCGCUGCCUAAAGUGUAACGUACGUACUAGCUCGAAACAUGUGCUAGAAUAAUAAUAAUUCUGAAUGUUGGCUCGAGACCAAUGUGACCAAGGUUGCUUCCGGGCCAGUGGCGGCAUGCAGCGUCAACUAAAGGCAACAUCUUCCUCGGGUUACGGAUCUCGGAGAGCAGGGCUUCCCGAUCAAUAAUUUGAACGUUUUCCCAUACUUGCUCCAGGUGGCGCGCGUGUCUCAUCUCUGUUUCUCAACGCGAUGAGAAAACCGUUUGAUAUUUGAAAAGAGCUAGCAGCGGUACGUGGAAGACCACGGUUCAAAAAAGAAGUGCCCGUAAACUAGGUGCUCAUUUUUCAUAUUUCAUGCCCUAUGCAUGUCUUACAUCAUUGGCCGUUGUUCAAUUGAUGCUUACUCGAAUCGAAACGCUAGUUAGGUCGCCAGUGCGAAUAGACUUUUCACCGUUGGUUUCCGAUAGCGUUGUGAUGUAUGAACGGGUGUAUUUUUUUAUGCAGACACAGAACGCAUUUACCACAUUCUUAACUAAACGAAGACGUUCAUUAAUAGGUAGUAGUUAUUCGGGAAGAUCACUAUGUACAGUGGCCGCACAUCUGCGGUCGUUCUGGCGUUCGCGACAGCUGUGCGUUGUACUCAUACAAAGUACAUAAACAGCUUAACCUAAACCCCUAUAACAGUGAUGGUUAACCUAAGCUGCUCACUCAACAUCAGGCAUGUUAAUGAUAUAUUUACAUAUGAUGUAGUGCACACAUAGCAGGCACUCCUAUUUAAAGGCCUUAUUCAGCGUCAUAACCUGUUAAUUCAGUGUUUCCAUAUGAUCCAGCGCAGCUUUCAACGGAACGAGAACACUAUGUUAUCAUGUGGGAUGAUUAUAAAUGAUGGUUAUGGAGUGUAAAUAUUUGUCGAAUCCGAGAACUACAUGCACACUCUGAACAUUGAAAUACUACGCAUGCACACAUUCACCUAAUUAUGCGGGAUAAACGAACAAGAAACCUCACCAAAGCGAUGUUUCUGAGAGCGUUAGAGGGUUCGAGAUAGAGUCACAAAUAGUUUUAAUGAAUGGUUAACGAGCUUUAUCACUUACCCUAGAAGUCCACCUAGUCAUUUGGAUCACGUUGGUUAAAAAGAAGUUUCAUCAUCUUGUUUCUUUAAAAAAAAAACACCCUUUGUAAGCUCGUUGAGCUUAGAAGCGAGCGUGUGAGUAAGGUGUGCGGAGUGAGCGCAUGUGACGUAAUCUGUGACGUAAUCUGUGACGUAGGAGCAUCACUCCAUAUCAUACACGGUGCCACCUUGUACUUGAGAGUGCGUGUGAUGUAUUUGUCAGCGUCUGAACGUACGCAAGUGAAACGUUUGUUAUAGUGUCGGACAGCGUCGGAAACGCGAACCUAGGCUUUCGACCAGCUUGUAAAGCGAAUUAGAGAACUGUAGACGAAAAGUGUGCGAACUUUUUUAUACGCGACCAAUUUUUUGAGGCGAGAUCUUCAUUUCUGUGACUGUGAAACUAGAAACUUGCUGAAACCGAAGUGCACCUUUUAGAUUGUAAAAGGAGUCCCGACAUCGCCUACUAAAGACAAUGUGGACUCAUCAGAUUAUUCCACAUGUCGGUUUUAUUAUUGCCUUCAACUGCGUAGAGAAAUUAACUUCUGCCACGCAAACCUUUAUUUGAUUUUAAAUUAACACUAAAUAGCCCACGUGUACACCAAGAAAGUCGAUGUCAGGGCCCCUUAAGAUGCAUAAGAUGGUCAUCUUUAUUUGAACAAGCAACGCGUUGAAAGUGAUGUAACUGAAGCUGGCGAUGUCUCUGUCUGAUGAAUGGUGCUCGAGGUAGGCAUCGCCAAGCGUUCUAACGCUAGCAGAGACUGGCCUAUAUAUCUUUGAGCCAUCUAGACAGCUUCCUUAUUUUCAUGGUUAUUUCACACGGAAGUUCUGUACUGUGGUGGCUUUUUGUAUAAUGUGAGCCUUGGGGACGAUUACAAGGUGGUUCGCCAGAUACAAAGGGAAAUACAUAACGUCUGCGUAGCCUUAAACAGCAGCGUACGGAUUCCUACUGCAAGGAAACUGGAUUUUGUUCGAUACCUCUCGGGCAUUUCCGUUCCGAUAUAUCCAUCAUCGCGAUCGACAUUCAGUGCGCUACUUUCGUUAAGGAGGCGACAGUCCUGGCUUAAAUUUAAAAUACCCACGUGAUGCAGCUGGUUCAUCACAGGACACUAUAGUCUAGAACCCGGGUGGAGCAGGUAAAAGCUACACUCCUGCUCUUGGCGUUAAAGAACAGGACUGGUUCGCCCUUUUCCUCACAAUCAGGUGCGUCACGGGAAGGGUUUGUACCAGGACUGCUGCCUCUAAAUUCCAAACUGUCAUAAAGAGUGUAAAUCUGAUGGUGAUUAUCUCGAAGGAGAAAAGCUACAGAAGUGUCGGACGUUAUGUUUCUUAGACUACGACUGUCUUCAAUCUUAUUUUUUUAUAUGAAGAGAUGCGAUAGUCGCAAAAGAUUUAAAGCUGACCAGCAAAUUUUCGUUUAUCACGUAUUUGUUGGCUGUACUUGCUCACGUGAAUUUCGUAUUCGCCCGAGCUACAGACUACGUAAGCAAACAGCAUUUGUGUCGCUAGCGUAGCUCUUUAUUAACAUUACCGAUAGUCUAACUCUGAAGAAUUCACAUGUUUUUGAAAGUUUAAUCUGCAGGAAUUUUUCAUAGCCGAAGCUGCUCGGAGUUUUUCAAUGCCAAUGUUCUUAUUUGUUUUUUUCCAAUACCAUAUACGACAUAUUCCCGUUCAACACAGCAACCACUGGUGCUGACACCUAUCGCUAAAAGGUCUUGAUGAGAACUAAACAAAACGAUGUAUAUUUCAGCGCUCUUUUUUAUUGUUCUUACACUUUAAGCCACUUUAAGCGGUAAUGCUAAGGCGUUGGUCGGGCUGCAAAAGAUGUUUCGCUAUAAAUAAAGUAUGGAUAAUAGAACAAACUAAACAUAUUUCUAUUUUUAACAACACGAGCUCCGCGUAGGAUUUCUGCAUAAAACUUUGUCGAAAACGAAGGCGCCAUGGUUACGAAGAAUUUUUGACAUUCGUCUCCGCUAGUCACUCAACACUCGGUUGCGAAACGAAAUUUCACCACGCUAACGUUACUCUGCGUAACCUAAGAGGACCAUCAGAUGAAAACUAGUUCCUGUUCACGCAGUUAAUGUAUCUUAUGUUUAUUUUUGCAAAAAUUGUUAUUCACCACUGUGUAAUAAAAUCAUCUAGAUUCGA